AACGUGGUAAGACCUUUGGGGGGAUUCGGAGAGUGACGCGUUUGAGAUCUGGGUUAGAUAACGGAGGAAAAACCGGGAAGCAUCUGGAUCUCUUUCUCGGCUUCCCUUAUGGUCCUCAAGCCAAAACAAACUUAUGCCAAGAAGUACUGCUGAACUGUGGGUUUGUUCAGAGGCUUUGGCCUAGGAAGGACUCAGCCAGCCCUACUGAAGGGAUAAGAAAUUAGCUCAGCCUAUCUCAGUGCCAGUAGUGUGGAUUGUGCAACUUGAUUCUAGAUUUAUUUAGGCCAAAAGAAUGUUUCUGACUGUGGCACUACUUCGAAAGAGAAUUCCUGGGAGACAGUGGAUUGGUAAACACCAGCGGCCAAGGGUGGUUACUGAGGGCAUGAAGAACAGAAUGAUUAAACGGUUGGAAAUAGAAGCUGAAAACGAAUAUUGGCUGAGCCGGCCCUACAUGACACGAGAGCAGGAGCAUCGGCAUAAUGAGGAACGUAGGCAGGCAAGCAAGCAAGCAAUGAUAGCUGCAUCACGAUCUAAUUUUCCUGAGCACAGAUACGCCACAGAACACUUAAAUCAUCUUAACGUGACCAAGAAAUGGGAAAGCUCUUAAAUAUCAGCUCAUGUGCUUUAUUUAACUUUGUUCUCUGAUCACCUGACUGUUCACAUCCAUGACUAGAGGCAGUAAUCAGCGAUAGUAAUGUUUGUUGACAAAUACAUUCUUCAAUUUCAAGUCUCUGAUUUAAUCAGCAUUGUCGGAACACUGUUAAAUUAUGCAUUUUUACCUUCCGUAGGUUUAGUAAUAUGCUUAGUGACAUUCUCCCACGGAAAUGCUUCAAAGCUUAGGCCCGAGCAUUCUAAAGUCCUGUGCAUUAAAAACAAAAGGUCUUGACUAGAUUUUUUUUGGCACAAAAUAGCAUUGUUGUUUAGAGCAGCUGAGCUAGUUGGGUUGGCAUGCUCUGAACAACAAAGUUGAGACUGCAUAAAGCAGGUGAGCUCUAAAAACCCUGUAGCGGUAGGUUAAGAUGUAAUGUUGCCUCCACCUUUUUGGCAUCAUUCUUUUUUCCCCUUCACAUUCCAGGGUGAAGUCGUUUGUCCCCUGCAAAGCAUUUGCACAAGCUAGCCGAAACCUUUAAUAUCCACAGAACAGGGAAGUACGACUAUACACAUGCAUGUGAGUUUGGGUCACACGUGGCAGGAGUUGGAGUGAGUAGGAAUAGAGGUUACUGGAAAACGUUAGGCAGGUUAUCUUAUUCUGAGGUCUUCAAACUGCUGAAUAAAAGAAGUGAUUUAAAAAUAUUUUGAUUGGGAUGGUCGUUCCAAGUUGAAUCUUUCAUAAAUUGUAUUCGCUCUGACCUGAUAGUCAAGUCUUAAAUGUCUGUAUACCUUAUUUCUGGUUGCAGGUUUUUCUCCUUGGCAGGCACGCUUAGUUUUGUACUGAAAAACUGCGUAAGCUUGUUGCCACUGGCUCACAUAGUUCAGUAUUCCGCCUACAUGCAAGGUAUCAGGAGCAUUACAACAUUUAAAAUAUAUAUACCCUAUUAUCACUAUUGUUCAGUGUGUUUCGCUGUUGUUUUUUAAAGAAAGAUCCCUGCACCAAAUAUUUUGUACUCUAAUCAUUGACAGUGAGGGAAGUAUUAAAAGGCAAUAAAAUGAGAAGUCACAGCUUUA